AGCGGGGGAGGGUCGAACUCAGAGCGGGGUCGGAGCGCCGGGCAGGCACUGAGAGGGCUGGCGCGGGGCGCGGACCGGCUGCAGGAUGUUCAGCUGGAUGGGGCGGCAGGCGGGCGGGCGCGAGCGCGCGGGAGGCGCCGACGCGGUGCAGACGGUGACUGGCGGCCUGCGCUCGCUCUACCUGCGCAAGGUGCUGCCGCUGGAGGAGGCGUACCGCUUCCACGAGUUCCACUCGCCGGCGCUGGAGGACGCGGACUUCGAGAACAAGCCCAUGAUCCUGCUGGUGGGCCAAUACAGCACGGGCAAGACCACCUUCAUCAGAUACUUACUGGAACAAGAUUUCCCAGGCAUGAGGAUUGGUCCAGAGCCUACCACCGAUUCCUUCAUUGCUGUGAUGUAUGGGGAGACUGAGGGCAGCACCCCAGGGAACGCUUUAGUCGUGGACCCCAAAAAGCCAUUUCGAAAGCUUAGUCGCUUUGGAAACGCAUUCCUGAAUCGAUUCAUGUGCUCCCAGCUGCCCAAUCAGGUCCUGAAGAGCAUCAGCAUCAUCGACAGUCCCGGCAUCCUGUCUGGGGAGAAGCAGCGCAUCAGCCGAGGCUAUGACUUCUGCCAGGUCCUGCAGUGGUUCGCGGAGCGCGUGGACAGGAUCAUCCUGCUCUUCGAUGCUCACAAACUGGACAUCUCAGACGAGUUCUCGGAGGCCAUCAAGGCCUUCCGGGGCCAAGACGACAAGAUCCGUGUGGUGCUGAACAAGGCCGACCAAGUGGACACACAGCAGCUGAUGCGCGUCUAUGGGGCCCUCAUGUGGUCCCUGGGCAAGGUCAUCAACACACCCGAGGUGCUUCGUGUCUACAUCGGCUCCUUCUGGGCACAGCCCCUACAGAACACUGACAACCGCCGCCUCUUCGAGGCCGAGGCCCAGGACCUCUUCAGAGACAUCCAGAGCCUUCCCCAGAAGGCGGCCGUGCGCAAACUCAACGACCUCAUCAAGCGAGCGAGGCUGGCCAAGGUACAUGCCUACAUUAUCAGCCACCUGAAGAAGGAGAUGCCGAGUGUAUUCGGAAAGGAAAACAAGAAGAGAGAGCUUAUCAGCAGAUUGCCAGAGAUCUACCUUCAGCUGCAGCGAGAAUACCAGAUUUCUGCCGGGGACUUCCCAGAAGUUAAGGCAAUGCAGGAACAGCUGGAGAACUAUGACUUCACCAAAUUCCACUCGCUGAAGCCCAAGCUGAUCGAGGCAGUGGACAACAUGCUGAGCAGCAAGAUCUCGUCCCUGAUGAACCUCAUCAGCCAGGAGGAGAUAAGCAUGCCCACUCAGCUCGUGCAGGGCGGUGCCUUCGACGGCACCACUGAGGGCCCCUUCAACCAGGGCUACGGGGAGGGUGCCAAGGAGGGUGCCGAUGAGGAGGAGUGGGUCGUGGCCAAAGACAAGCCCAUCUACGAUGAGCUCUUCUACACCCUGUCUCCUGUCAACGGCAAGAUAUCAGGUGUCAACGCCAAGAAGGAGAUGGUGACAUCCAAGCUGCCCAACAGCGUCCUGGGCAAGAUCUGGAAGCUGGCUGACUGUGACUGUGACGGCAUGCUGGAUGAGGAGGAGUUCGCGCUGGCCAAGCACCUCAUCAAGAUCAAGCUCGACGGCUACGAGCUGCCCAACAGCCUUCCCUCCCACCUCGUGCCCCCCUCCCACAGGAAGUCCUUGCCAAAGGCCGACUGAGGGGUGGGCUGCUCUCAGGGUAGGCAGUGGGCGGUAGGGAUGGCGGGGAGGUGGGGAGGCCUGGGCCCGAGGCCCGUGCUGCCACUGACUCACUGACCCUGGCCACGGCACUGCCCUCUCUGUGCCUCAGUUUCCCCACUUGUGGAAUGAGGAGGGCAGACACAAGUCACUAGAUGAGGUUCUUUCACCUCUAAAAUUCCCUGAGUUUCUAUUAAAAUAUUGGGAGGAGGGGGUGGAUAAGGAGAUUGAAGGGUUGAGAAAAAAGAGAAAUUGACCAAAGAGUGCUGGGAAGCCUGGAGAGACAGACAUGGAGGCCAGCUGGAUAGAAUCCCACAACCGCAGGGAGGGAGCUGGGGGCUCUUCCGGAGCCGGCGAGCCUGUGCUGCUCUGGGCCACACAUCAUCAUGCACCUGCUUUGGCUCCUGUCUGUCCCUUAGAGGGUACCAGGAGGGAGCAAAGUUGAUCUUAUUUAUUUCAUUUCCUGCUGUGUUGAGAGU